GUGAGCGCGAGUCUCGGUGGCACCGGCGGUAACGGGCGGUGACCGGACAGCAGAGCCUCCGCCGCUCCCGGCGCCAGAGCCGCUGGUGGUUACCGGGGGCUGUGAGCUGCCCGGCCGGCGGCCGCCGCUACUGACCGUCUCUGUCCCGCUCCCCGGGGGCUGAGCUGUGGCCGCGGACCUGCUGAGGGGGGCGCGCGGCCCGGCCCGGCCUAACCUCCUGCCCCCGGCCUCCGCCCGUCACUGUCUCCCGGGCCCGGGCCCGGCCCCGGCACAGCGCUGAGCGGUGGCCGUGAAGCGGGCGUCAUGGAGCAGUCUAACAAUGGCUUACCCCCGUACGCCCAGGGGCUGUCGUCGCCGCAGGGUGCCGUGACGCCAGGAAUAAACAUUUUCAGUCCCAUGAUGCCAUAUGGCACUGGCUUGACUCCACAACCAGUUCAGAGCUCCAAUAGUUUGCCACUUUUGGAAGAACAACAAAGACAACAACAAGCAGCACAACAGUCUACAACAUCUCAACCAUCAACACAAGUGUCCUCCAGCCAGCCACCACAGCUCUUUCACUCACAGACGACCACCACAACCACUUUACCAGGCAACACGCCUUUUUAUCCAUCACCAAUGACACCUAUGACACCAAUAACCCCAGCUACUCCCGCUUCUGAGAGUUCAGGAAUUGUGCCACAACUACAGAAUAUAGUGUCCACAGUUAAUCUGGGCUGUAAACUGGACUUGAAGACAAUUGCCCUUCGAGCCAGAAAUGCUGAAUAUAAUCCAAAGCGUUUUGCUGCUGUCAUCAUGAGAAUCCGAGAGCCUCGUACAACUGCUCUUAUUUUCAGCUCUGGAAAAAUGGUGUGCACUGGUGCAAAGAGUGAAGAACAAUCACGGUUAGCUGCGAGGAAGUAUGCCAGAGUUGUCCAGAAAUUAGGAUUCCCAGCUAAAUUUCUGGAUUUUAAGAUUCAGAACAUGGUGGGCAGCUGUGAUGUGAAGUUUCCUAUUCGGCUGGAGGGCCUGGUGCUUACUCAUCAGCAAUUCAGCAGUUACGAGCCAGAGUUAUUUCCUGGAUUAAUCUACCGAAUGAUCAAACCAAGAAUUGUGUUGCUAAUAUUUGUGUCUGGAAAAGUUGUAUUAACUGGUGCAAAAGUACGUGCAGAAAUCUAUGAAGCAUUUGAAAACAUCUAUCCAAUUUUAAAAGGUUUCAGAAAGACUACAUAAUUUUACUCGUGAUGACCUCAUAAUUUAAGGGCCCUUUCACUUCGCUGCUUGUGGUACAGCUGAUGUAUUUUCUGUUGGGACUCCAAUGUGGCAAUUCUGUGGGAUAUGAUGCACAGUUAAUAUCUGUAACAAUAUUUUAAGAGUUAAAAUAGUACUUUUUUAAAAUUGCGGUGUUUUCAUUGUUGUAUGGUUGUUUUUUUUUAAAUCAUCGAUUAUCUGAAGCUUACUCGGACGUUCACUUUCAUUUUGGAUUUCAUCGACCGAUGCAAUAUUUUGUUUGCAUUGUUAAUUUAUAUUCAACUUUUAUAUUAAAAAAAAGUAAGCCAUGUCACGGCAUUAGUUGAUGCGCAGGUUAUUUUUUAUUCACUUUUACUUAAAUAUUCAGCUUUUUCUAAAGCAAUGAUCCGAGUGUUUCAAAAUUGACAAUUGAGAUGUAACAGGCAUUUUUACAAUAAACGUUUUUUCCACUAAA